AUGCCCUCCUCCGAAACCAUUCGAGGCCAGUCUCCACAGAUCCUUUGGGUCGGAUGCGCUGAUUCGCGAUGCCCGGAGACCACCAUCCUCGGCCUCAAGCCCGGUGAGAUCUUCUGCCACCGCAACAUUGCCAACAUUCUCGUCAACACCGACAUCAACUCGCUGUCCGUCAUCCAGUAUGCCGUCCAAUACUUGCAGGUCAAGCACAUCAUCAUCUGCGGCCAUACCAUGUGCGGUGGUAUUGCCGCCGCUCUCGACAACAAGAGGCUCGGCUUGAUCGACACUUGGCUGAUGCCGCUGCGGGCCAUUCGCCAGGAGAAUUUGCAGCUACUGAACAGCCUCGACGAGUUUAACCAGGGCCUGAAAAUGGUCGAAUUGAAUGUCCGUCAGGGCGUCAAACAGCUGCUCGCUAAUCCGGUCGUCCUCGACGCCAUGCAUGAGCGAGGUCUGCAAGUUCACGGGCUGAUUUAUGAUGUCCGCUCCGGCGAACUGAGAGAGUUGGAUAUCGAGGAAGACGAGGAGGUUGUCAAGAGUCGCGUCGUUGCGUUCAAGACUGUCUAG